AUGUCCAAGUCUAUGAUGGACAAUACCGACACAAACCUCACUCAUAGAGUAACCAGAAUUAGAUUCCCCCUAUCAAUUCUCCUGAUUAUAGCAGUCAUUCUUGGUUUGCAGCUUAUCAUCCUUCCCCAAUACAUUUUUCAAGUACCUCCAGCAGCUGCAAAGCUUUCAGAUCAUUUUAUAUCACAGAUUAACUUGGGACUCAAUAAAUGCCUAGAUCUACAAUCACUGCCCAGAGAAUACUCUCCUUCUGAAAUCAUAUCACGCAGGAAUCCUAGAUGGAAUUUAAUUCGUGGCCAGAAUCAGACCACAGUCUUGAAAAAUGCGAAUCUAUUCGAUGGCGAGACUCUUCUUAGUGAUUUUGUGGAUAUUAUCUUUGAGAAAGGACUUAUUAAGUCUGUAUCAGCAACGACAAAAUCUACUAAUCGUGACCCUAAUGUUCAAACGAUCGACCUCGAAGGCAAAUACGUUACUCCAGGUCUAGUCGACAUGCAUUCACAUCAUUUUUUGCACGCCUGGCCUGAGCUUUCUGUUACAGCCGAUGAGAAUGAGGUUCACAUGGGUCCUCUUACCCCUUUUGUUCGUGCAAUUGAUUCUAUCAAGACGGACGAUAAGGCGACUGCUAUUAUUGCAUCGGGGGGUGUUACAACUUCCCUUCUUAUUCCUGGCUCGGCAAAUAUCAUAGGUGGCGAAGGAAUUCUUGUCAAAAACUUUGUGCUUGGUGGUGAAACAGGUGAAGAAGUCGUUGAGGAUGUCUUGCUUGAACAUGGUAUCCCUACCCAGGAGAGGAGGAGAUACAUGAAGAUGGCAUGUGGUGAAAAUCCUACAACUGUCUAUGAACACACUCGAAUGGGUAAUGCCUGGUUGUUUCGAAAGCAGAUGACACGAGCAAAGGAGUUAAUGGCAAAACAAGACGCAUGGUGCUUAUCAGCUGCUGCGGCGCGGGAAAGUGGAGAUUCUGCGACCAUUUCAAGCUUCGUCAAGGGCGGAGGUUUGCCGGAGGACUUAGAAUUGGAAUCCACAAUAGCAAUGUUGCGAGGUAAAGUUGGAAUUAACGUGCAUUGUUAUGAACCUGAGGACCUUGAAGAUAUGCUUCGUCAUAGCAAAGAAUUCGGUUUUCGAAUUCAAGCAUUUCAUCACGCCCUUUCAGCCUGGAAAGUACCCGAAUUAAUCAAAAGCAGUGGAGAAAACAUUACCAUUGCUACAUUUUCUGAAUUCGGAUUCUACAAAAAGGAAGCGUAUGAUGCCAACUUAUGGGCUGGUAGCAUCUUAGCCGAGCAUGGUGUUCCAGUUGCAUACAAAUCUGAUCACAUUUUUGAGAUAACUAAUGCACAAUACUUGAUGUUCCAAGCAGCGACUGCACAUGCCUUUAAUCUUUCCGAAACUCUUGCUUUGCAAUCUGUGACUAGUGUGCCUGCUAAGUCUCUAGGUAUUGAUUAUCGUGUUGGAUAUGUUCGUACAGGAUAUGAUGCGGACAUUGUAGUGUGGGAUUCUCAUCCGCUCCUCGCUGGAGCUACACCUUUGCAAGUUUAUAUUGAUGGGAAAUCUACUUUAGACCCAGUUGAGGUCGUGAAAAAUACAGCGGGAAAUUCUACCGAAGAACAGGUAUUCUUGAAACCAAAGCCACGGAUCUCUCAUACCGGUAUAUUAAAGGAAACCACAUGCAGUAGCUUGGAUAACUGGGACCAAAAUAUCAUCGUGACUGGUAUUAAGAGAAGCUAUUUGAUACCUCACCAGGAGAACUCGCUAGUUUCGAGUAAUCUCACAAUGCAUAUUAGUAACGGCAAGAUUAUCUGUCUAGACUCAAAGCAACAAUGCGGUGCCCUGUUCAGCAAAGAUGCUCCUAUUAUUGAGAUUAAGCUUCAGGAAGGCACCAUAAUGCCAGGGCUCACUGCGUACUCUCCCAGCCUUGGCCUGGCGGAAAUCCUCGGAGCUUCUGAAGCCUCAGAUGGCUCUCUUGGUAAGACUUUGACUCUACUGGAGCCAGAAAAUAUUAUCCAGGCGAAGUAUGGAAUCCAUCUGGACGGACGUGGGUUUUCCAGGGCAAGACUCGGUGGCGUUACCCAGGCAAUUACAGCCCCGAUCUCAGGCUCCUUCUUUGGCGGUGUAAGUACCGGUAUCAAAACAAGUGGAAAACUUAAUAUUCUCGAUGGAGGUAUCUUCCAGGACGAUGUUGCUUUACAUUUUUCAGUGGGUCAAAUCACUAAACGAUUUGAGUCCUUACCAACAAUAUCUUCUGCCAUAGCAAAACUGCAACAUCUACUUCUCAACAAUCUCGGCAAGGAUAACGUAUAUGGCACUGUUUCAAAUGGAUCAUUUCCCUUGGUGGUGCACGUUGAUAAUGAGUACGACAUUCUUCAGCUCAUCAAACUGAAGAACGACCAUCCAUCACCCCUCAAAUUGGUUCUUCUGGGCGGGGCGGGCGCUCAUCUCGUAGCUGACGAGAUUGCAAAAUCUAAAACACCACUCAUCCUCACCCGAAAUCGUGGCGCACCCGAUACAUACGAAAAGCGCAACGCACUCUCCGGCCCUCCACUGACGCGCUCACCUGCUGCAGUUCUUGCGGAUGCAGGUGUACUUUUUGCAUUAGCAAUUACAGGUGAAGGCAGCGAAUCACAUAUCCACAACCUCGCAAUUGAAGCGGGCUGGGCUGCCAAAUACUCCAACCUCAGUAAACGUGAAGCUGUGGAUUUAGUAUCUCGUAAUAUUGAGAAAAUUCUAAAUCUGAAUGUUGUGGAAAAAACUAGAGAUUUUGUCGUGUGGGAGGGAGAUCCAUUGCAAUUAGGGGCAAGUGUUGUAUUUAGUAUGGAGGGCGGAAAGGUUGGGACGUGCUGGCCUAUAUCGAAUUGA